AUGACAAUCAAAACAAAGGUAAUAGACAAGGAAAAUAUUUUGGAAAUAGGAUGGUUUGGAGAAAUAGACCAAUAUUUAUCGAAGAUAGUUCCGAAUGGCAUAGUAAAAAUCAAAAAUGGAAAUAGCAUGAUACAAUUAGGUUCGGAAAUAAAAAAUAACUAUAUGCGAGAGAUGAUGAGACAAAUGAAGGAAAUGAUGAAACUACAAAAAGAAUUUGAACUGGAAUUGGUGUUAAAAAACAUAAUGAGUCCGGUAACUGCAAAUAAAUCUGUUCUAGAGCAUCCCGUCGUUGCCCAAAGGCUAAAGACAGAAAUAUUACUUAAAACCAACAAGAAAAAGCCGAAAAAACACUAUUCACGGUCGUAUGUCAAAGAAUUUGAAAAAAUUCAGUGCAAAAAUAUUCCAUCAGAAGUUGAACAAAUGGGUAUAAUAUUCAGGGAACUGAAAUUCGGAGAGAGUUGUGUUUUCGAUUAUUACAAACACGGGAGACAUUUAAAACAAAAAAUGAACGAACAUAACAAAGAAAUUGGACUACACCUACCACGAUCACACUUACAAGGCAAAAUAAACGACAAUCACUUAAACACAAUGACCAAGAUGAAUAUAAACAAUCUUCAAGACCUCAAAAUCUUCCACGAAAUGGCCAGCAAACUAAUUAAAGAACCCUAUCACGGCUGUUUUUAG